GUCACCAGCAGUCCCUGUCUUGACCCCAGGGGUCCCUCUAGCCUGACGAGGUAAGGAAAAGCAUGCUCCUCCAAGUAUGGCACAUCCAGUCGUAGCCACCCAACUCUUGCCCUCCCGAGGACACCCACUGCCCAUCACCUGCCGUCUUGUACCAAGGCCACCUUCACUUUCCCCACAGAAGCCCAUCCUCUAUUCCUAUUUCCGAAGCUCCUGCUCCUGGAGAGUUCGAAUUGCUCUGGCCUUGAAGGGCAUCGACUAUGAAACAUUGCCUGUCAACCUCAUAAAGGAUGGGGGCCAGCAGUUCUCCAAGGAAUUCCAGGCACUUAACCCCAUGAAGCAGGUGCCAGCCCUGAAGAUAGAUGGCAUCACCAUUGGCCAGUCACUGGCCAUCAUCGAGUACCUUGAGGAGACUCGACCUGCUCCGCGACUCCUGCCUCAGGACCCGAAGAAGAGGGCCCUGGUGCGCAUGAUCUCCGACCUUAUCGCGAGCGGCAUCCAGCCCCUGCAGAACCUGUCUGUCCUGAAGCAAGUGGGACAGGAGAACCAGCUGACCUGGGCCCAGAAGGUCAUCAAUUCUGGCUUUAAUGCUUUGGAGCAGAUCCUGCAGAACACAGCGGGGAAGUACUGUGUGGGAGAUGAGGUGUCCAUGGCUGAUCUCUGCUUAGUGCCUCAGGUGGCAAAUGCUGAAAGGUUCAAGGUGGAUCUCGCUCCCUACCCUACCAUCAGCCGUAUCAACAAGUCACUGCUGGCCUUGGAGGCCUUCCAAGUGUCUCACCCCUGCCGGCAGCCAGACACCCCCGCCGAGUUGAGGGCCUAACACUCAGACCAUGCCCCACUGGUGCAGGAGCGGAAGCUGUGUGGGCUGAACAGUCUGGAAAUGAGCAAGCCCUAACUGGAGAAGCAGGAGACUUGUACUCAGCCCUUGAACUUGAACUGUAGCCCUGGUUCUGCCUUCACAAUGAACCUCUUUCUGCCUUCAU